GAUGUAUUGAAAGAACUAAAAGCUUCCGAAUUUAAAAACAAUCAUCUUGCAGCAUACAAGAAUAUUCAUUGGACAGACCUAAUUGCCAGUACAGAUAAACAAACGUCAAUCACAGAGACACUCAACAUAUCAGAAUUGGAGAGAAAACGGCGAGAAUCUGUCUGGGAAUUAUUUAAAAGUGAAUGUGUGUUUCUCAUCGAUCACUUGAUGGUGCUUAAACAUUGUUUCCUAGAACCCUUGAAGAAAUGUCAAGUGGAAGGCUUUCUUAUGUAUGCUGAACCCUCAGAAAUAUUCAGCAACCUUGAUGAGCUUUGCUAUGUAAGCUAUACAUUUUGCAAAGACUUUAUAUCAUCAUUACUUAAGGAUAUGAGUGCUACAGAUUUUGGUUCUACAGCGGUGCUAAUAAAAGCAUUUCAAAGGUUUUCGAAACAUUCCAAGGACGGCAGCGUCUAUCACACAUAUUGUCUCAAUUAUACAAACGCUUUAUCAUACCUAGAGAAGUUGCGGAAAAACGACGAAUUCUGUGAAUUUGAAAAGUGGUGCGAACAAGACCAAAGAUGUAAUCGAUUACAGUUAGCUGAUUUGCUGAUUGGACCAAUGCAGCAUUGUACAAAAUUGCCUUUACUUCUUCACAAUAUACAGAAAUAUACAGAAGAUCCUAUAGAAAAAACUCAAAUUGUGGAAUCUAUCGAAAAAGUCGAAAUGUCAUUACGGCAACUUGAGGAGAAAAUAUAAUGGCUAAAGAAUUUUGAGCGUGUUCAGGAAAUACAGCGCCACCUGAUAUGGCCAUCAAUUACAGAUCUCGACUCUCGAGCUUUCAUUCCAGAGUAUUUGAAACCAAAGUUAUCCAGACAGCCUUGUGAACGGCUCUUGGCUUGUCCUUCCAGACAACUUAUCCAUGAAGGUGCAAUUACACUAACAGAAUCAACAAAAUCAUUUGACGCUUACAUGUUUUUGUUUGACGACAUUUUGCUCAUAACUAAAAUCAAGAAACCAAACAGAAAAAAACAAUCUUCAUCCGACAUCCAUUCCACCACGGGUCAACCGGACAAUCAAAUGUACACAGUUCAUAGACAACCAAUAGCACUUGAUCGCCUAGGCGUUCAUGACGUUAUGCCACCGGAAGCUACAGCUAAUGGCUUGAAAAGUGCUUUUGUGAUAGUACAAAUCAGUAGAUUCCAACAAAUUAUAGACGUAUUUACGUUACAAGCACCCUCUGAUGUUGUCAAGGCAAGCUGGAUAUCUCAAAUUUUAGAAGCAAAGGGUCGGUGUAGAGCAUUAAACAACAGUAAAGGAAAUGCAUCAAAAGAAAAUGAAGACCCUAGUCCGACCGGUUGUACAAAAAGAGGAAGACACGGAAAAUCGUUGUCAAUCGAUGCUGUUUUUCUAUAAUUAAUAAAUGUGUAAAAUCGUGCUUUCAAGCGUAAGAUUUUGUCGGUUGUGAUGAACAGUUGAAAUGGAUGUACUAAGCAUUCCUAUUUCAAACAGGAAUACAAAGUGCUUGUAAAAUGUUAUGGCGCCAAAAUGUAGAGAUAUCACAUGUGUUCAUAUUUUUCCAAAGAUUUUAUGUUUAUUUUCAAAAUCAAACGGUAGAAAGUAUAUUCAGAAAUUUGAAUAUAGUGUUUACUAAUAAAAGGUUAACAACAGUUGUAAAUUACAACUUUUAAUAGAUUUAUUCAUUAGACUUAGUUAAUGGAUAUUAACAAAAGGUGUAAUAAAUGGAUUUAUUAUAAUAAGUGGAUAAUAACAACGGAAGUUGCUAUAUUUACAAUGUGAAACGAACAGAAAAGUAAAUGAAUGUUAAUUGACAAAAUAAAAGAAAUUAUACUUGGUGUUUCUUUCUUCAAGUACAAUAUUUCCAUCUAAACAUACGAACAAAAACUAUUUGAUAUUUCGGAUGUUUUCUAUGCUUACGUUCCCAUAUCUGUGAUAAACUGUGUUUUUGAUUUUUUGUUUGUUUAUUGUUCAUUGUUCUUUUUAAAUGUUGAUAUCCUUACUUAUGUGAUUCGCUAAGUGCUAUCUAAUAAGAAUUAAGUAUAUUUUGAUAUUAAUUGUGUUUAAAUACGAUGGAAAUAAAUAGAAAAGUGUAUUAUAAUGCUUUUCAAAGAAAAUCAUUAUAUUGUCAACUUUAAAACUAAAAUAAGGUCUGAUAUUACGAAUAUACUUAUCAUUCUAAUCUGACCAAAUCUGUUAUUUGCUUUUCAUACUUAAACAAGCGGCACAUUCGAUAACUUUAAUCAUUUAUUAUUAUAUAUGUUCAUGUAAAAAUGCUACUUAUGUUGAGUAUCCCUUUAAAGUCCCUGAACUUUUUACGCUGAUUGUCUCCCUUCCAAGUAAAAGUAAGGAUACGCAACAUGAUUUGUUAUCAAUCAUAAAUGUGCCUGUGACCUAUAAAUUGUUUGCAUGAAACCACAGGAGCAUUAUUUUAUUAUGUCUCUUUCUUACAAUGAUAAAUCCGUUAUUAAUGUUAUCCAUUGAAUGUUCUGUAAAGACGUUGAUUAAAUUGAUAUUUUAUAAG